UACCUCUCUCAAUAUGUAGUGCAUGUAUUUUAUGGUUGCCAAACCUCUUCUACCUUCCACCAUCUUUAUUAAUUUCCCCAUUAUAAAUUUCAACCCUAGAACACUCUCAUAAUUUUCUCUCUUCAUUGAAAUCAAGAGUGCUCAAUGGAAAGCCAAGACCCACCAAACCCACCGCCACCAUUAAUGAUGCCGCCGCCGCCACCACAACCUCAAAACAACACCUUCUUCUUUACUCCUUUACAAAAUUACCCUAUGGAAUCUCAAGAUCAAGGUCUUGGUGAUAUUGAUUGGGGCAAUUUUUUCUUAGGUCAAAAUAAUAACAACUUACUUGUUGGGGAUGCUAAGGAGAUAUUAAUGGAUAAUAUUCAAUGCACAUCUUCUUGUUCUAAUUUGUUGGUGAGUAAUAAUGAAAGUGGAAGUUAUAAAGUGCAUGAGGAAGAAAAAGGAAACAAAGAGGAGAAAAGGGUUAAAGGUGGGAGAUUGAAGAAGACAAAAGUACCAAGGUUUGCAUUUCAGACAAGAAGUGUUGAUGAUAUUUUGGAUGAUGGUUAUCGUUGGAGGAAAUAUGGACAAAAAGCUGUCAAGAAUAGCACAUAUCCCAGAAGCUACUAUCGAUGCACGCAUCACACUUGCAAUGUGAAGAAACAAGUGCAAAGGCUAUCUAAAGACACUAGCACUGUGGUGACUACUUACGAGGGAAUUCAUAACCACCCAUGCGAGAAGCUCAUGGAAACCCUAACUCCUCUUCUAAAGCAAAUACAAUUUCUUGCUAGCUUGUAAUUGUGAAAUUGCUUUCUUCUAUGUUCUUCAUGUAUGCACGUACAUAACAAUUUCGGCAUUCUAAUUGAUAUUGUAAUUCUAAUCUUUACGUACACUUCAUAUACUUAUACUAAGUGCUUUGACUAUAAACUUAAUUUAUAUAUUGAAUCAAGAUCAAUGCCUAUAUAAAAUUGUAU